UUUCAGAGGUUCGUGAAGACCCGUUAACGGUUAUGUCAAAUUAGGCCUACAAAAUAUAGGGGAAAUGAUUAAGCAUGGCGAAAAUAUCACUUACGGCUGCUUUGACUUUUACACCAUGGAGGGCAGUGGUGCUCAAGUAUGUGACAAUGGUCGAUGGACGAAUGUUGUUCCUAAAUGCAAAGCUUCAUGUGUACCUCCGCUGGACAUACAUAACGGACGAGUACUUGGCAAAUAUUUUGGCCAUGGAAAAACUAUUGACUACCGAUGCAAUGGAGAUUAUACCCUCGAGGGGCCAAGGAGAUUGACCUGUGAGAAUGGAAAGUGGAUCUCCAACCCUCCAGUGUGCAGAGCAUCAUGCAAAGAUCCAGGAUCGCCAGCUAAUGGAAAAACAGGUCAACAGGGCUUAGGCCACAAUGUCUUGGUUCAUAAUGUAUUGUGAGACUAUUGGGCUUGUGUUGGAAGCAUAGUGCGUUAUAUCAUCUGCGUAGAGCCUUGGGAGUGAAGAUG